UGCAUCGCCGGACGAUGCCUUUCGCGUUUGAUUUGCGUUGAUCGAGUUUGUGGAAGGUUGUGUAGUGUCGAGGUGCCGUAGGGGGCUUGGAAGCUCUUCCUGCCUACAGGUCGUCGACUUGCUACAUGUCUGACAUGCGACGUGGCCAAUGGUGUGAAGACACGGUGGAAACUCCCAUCGCACGCAUUGGAGGGGAUCGAGAGCGACAAUCGGAGGAGAAACGGGAUGAAGCGACAUGUAGCACGUCCGACUGCUGUGACAGGUUGACGGGAAAAAAUCCGGUCUGUCUAGAUGUGGGAGGCGUAAACAGACGACCAUGUGGUAUUUCACAUUCAAUACACGGGAGACUAGAGAGACAUUCAAGAAGUUGCUACAGUCGGACAGCAAGCUGCUACAGUCGCACAGCAAGCUGCUACAGUCGAACGACAAGUUGCUACAUUCGACGUCUACUUGCUACAUUGUGUCUACUUCUCAUUAGCAGCGCUGUCAACACUGUAGCGGCUAACGACUUCGCAUCACACUCGGAUUCCUACGGCACGUCGGAUUUGGAGUCGCUGCUUUGGAUGCGAGACAGUGUCAGUGUGGCGGAUGGUCUGCAGGAUGUCGUGGCGGUCGUUGGUAAGGCGUUUCGUUAUGAGUUGCCAGCUGAGGCGUUUCGCGGCUAUGUGGAUCGCUAUGAGGUAUUUGAGUCUGGUCAGAAGUUGUUGCCCGAGUGGUUGAGCUUUGAUUUAUCAUCACAGAAGUUCAUCGGUGUGCCACAAAGUAAACACGUUGGGUUGACAUACAUUGAAGUGAUGGCACACGGAGCUGUUAACAAGAGUGCUGAUGCGUCACUCAACUCAAACGUCGCAUCAGACAUUUUUGUUAUUGACGUAGAGCAAGUGCAUCCUAUUGGACAGAGUCUGAUCGACUCGUGGAUGACGGAGGGUUCUCGGACAGCAGAGAAGUCGGCUCUUGCUGAUUGCACACAAGACUCUAUGUUUCGUUUGGCGACACUUCAGUUGGACUCAUCAAUUGAUUCACUAGAUGGAAGGUCGAGAUAUUGGCUGUUGAUCAGCAUUUCGAAACAAUUUAGGUUGACAGUGUCAGAUGUGAGCGUCGGAGAUAAACCAUUUACAGAGCAGGAAGACUACCGGUUGAUGGUAGUUGAUAGUGAACGUGUAGGCGAUGCUGUGUGGUGGACAGAAGGAUGUGACAGUGACAAGUCAGUCAACGAGAGGUUGGUGAAAUAUCGUACUGCGCUACUGGGCAUUGAGAAAGAUGGAGGGAAGGUGGGAGUACAUGACAUCAGCGUUACCGAGUUGAUUCUAUCUACAGGCUGGCUGACUCGUAGACAUCGAGUGAGGCGACAAGCGGACAUGUCGAACCACACAACGACUUCCAUUAUGGCUACACCCACGGUCACUGUUGCUAUGCCGACAGUCAAAGGGUUAACACAGACGAUCUCACCGACUAUAACUCUUGGAUCACUCAGUCAACCGAGAGUUUUAGUCACAACUAUGAGGGUUAACACACUGGGUACUCUCUCACUGACUGUUAGCACUCCUUCUGUGUCACCGUCUGCUUUUUCGUCAGUGGGUACACCAAGUACGGUACCAAGUGCACCUCGACCGACAGUCCCAUCGACUGUCAUACCGACGACGUCUCUCAGCAGCAUGACAGUCGAUUCGAGACCAGUGCCAUCGGUCACCACAGUUGCAUCACCCGUUUUGCGUCUCAGUUCUAUCUUCAUAGCAACCGUGUUGCCGUCGAGUAGACCAGUGGUGACAACGAGUGUGGAGGCGACACCCAGUGUGUCGUCACUAUUUGUAUCUAGUCGUACUUUGUCUAGAUCAUCGCUAGUUACAUCAAGCAGCGUUUCGUUAGAGCCUACGAGGUUGACAGUGUCUAUACCCGCUUUGAGUGUGAGCUCUUUGCAACAGUCUACGUCGAUUGUAGUGACACCUACGAUUGUGUUGACACCAAGUUUGGAAACAAGUUCAAGUGCAUUUUCUUUGUUUACUUCGAGUGCGUCAUCGUCAGUUGAGACUACUGUUGUAUCUGUGAGAACUACUCAGUCGAGUGUUGUCCUUUCUGCUUCGUCGGUGGCUACACCUUCAACUACAGUCUCACCGAUUGUGUCAGUUGUGACGGAUGAGCCGAGGAGUUUGAGUCGUUCUGUUACGCCAACAAGUCAAGAGACUUUGCUUGUGUCGCCUAUUUCAACUAGUUUAGUAGUUUCUUCGACAUUGACGUCAACAGUUGUGUCACCUGAGGUGACAUCGUCUGUCUCUGUGCUAUCAUCGCUGGGUGUUUCAACUGAUGUGACUCCAUCUGUUGAUGUGACUUCAUCUGUUGCUGUGAGUUCAUCUGUUGCUGUGAGUUCAUCUGUUGCUGUGACUUCAUCUGUUGAUGUGACUCCAUCUGUUGAUGUGACUCCAUCUGUUGCUGUGACUCUAUCUGUUGCUGUGACUCCAUCUGUUGAUGUGACUUCAUCUGUUGUUGUGAGGACGCUGUUGCCUACUGCUUCACCUGUUGUGUCACAGACUGGCGCUUCUGUGUUUACGUUACGUUCAACGGUGGUCAUCUUGUCGGAGACGUUGGUGUUCUCACCAUCAAGUUCACUAGUCUUGUCAUCAGUGGUGACGUCAUCUGUCUCUAGCAUUCCCUCUGUGUCUUCUAGCCAGACAGUAAGCGUCACUUCAUCCUUGGUUUCUGCCGUUUCAAUAGAAUCUCUUGCUCCACUGACGUCUGCUGUGAUGUUGACAUCGGCAAUCUCAAGUCUUUCGUCGUCUGUUAGUAUGUCAACUAGUACGUCCAGAUUCUUUGCUGAGUCGCCGUCAGUGACAACAUUGAUUUCAUCGUUGUCAUCAUCAUCUGUUGAUCGUGUGGCUGUAACUUCAGCGAGAAUAUCAAGUCGAUUUACGUCUGUUCCAAGUCCAUCUAUUGACUUUACAUCAUCAAGAAGACCGGUCACAACUACAACACGGCUUGUUGUAUCAUCAACCUCUCCAUCUACGCGAAUACAACCGCCUGCAACUGCACCCCUGACUACCAUCAGAGGAACUGUGAGUGUUACUUCGUCAGUGCCUGUUUUCACACGCCCGGGAUUGACAACAGUGAUUGCAUCUCCAACGGUUGAUGUGUUUACCAGUACUUUAUUGACAUCGAGUCUUCCAGAGCCAUCAAUGAGACUGUCCAGUGUGUUGACAACAGUAGGAGUGUCUACUCCUACUGACCAACCAUCAGUGACUUCAUCAGUAACAGUAUCAACAGUAAUUGCAUCUCCAACGGUUGAUGUGUCUACAAGUACUUUGUUGACAUCGAGUCGUUCAGAGCAAUCAAUGAGACUAUCAAGUGUGUUGACAACAUUAGGAGUGUCUACUCCUACAGUCCAACCAUCAGUGACUUCAUCAGUAACAGUAUUGUCGUUGUCCUCUCGUCCAGCAACUACAUUUGGUACGAGUUCAUCAACCGUGUUGACAACCUCGUUAUUUGUUGGACUGGAACCGUCGACGAGUGUGCCUUCAAGAGUGUUGACUGUUACAGUUACACCAUCAGUAGUUUCCUCAAGAAGAACGUCAUCCAUUUCUUCAUUGUCAUCCAUUUCUACAACAUCUAUCAUCAGUGACUCUUCGGUUGUGUCAGCGGUGUCUCUAUCAUCGGCUGUUGAGUCGUCACGAUCGUCAAUGAGAGUGUUUACUCCCACAGUCAUACCAUCAGUGACCUCAUUGUCAGACCGUAUAUUAGACAGUGUUUCUGUUUUAUCAACGUCUCCAGUGAGCACGCGUAUUAUCAGCAGCUCAGUUGUAUCAACAGAGUCUCUAUUGUCUGUUGAGUUGUCGGCAUCAUCUUUGAGAGUUUCUACUCCCACAGUCACACCGUCAGCGCCUUCAUUAGUCAUAACAUCAUCAGAGCGAACGUCUUUUUUGUCUCCUUCUUUGGUGACUACAAUAAUUGUGAGUAGCAUUUCAACAACGUCUUUGUCAUUCGUUGGGCUGUCACAAUCAUCAUCGAGAGUGUCUACUCUUACAGUCACACCAUCAGUGCCGUCAUCGGUUAUGCCGUCGGUGACUUCAUUGGAGAGUUUAUCAGUUUCAUCUCUAUUGGUGUCCACAAGCAGCAGCUUAGUUGUAUCCACGGUGUUUCUGCCGUCUGUUGAGUUGUCGCGAUCAUCUUUGAGAGUGUUUACUCCAACAGCCGUACCGUCAGUGACCUUAAUAUCAGGCAGUAUAUCAUUUUUGUCUAUGUCUCCUGUGAGCACACGUAUCAUCAGCAGCUCAGCUGUAUCAACAGAGUCUCUGUCGUCUGUUGAGCUGUUACGAUCAUCAUUGAGAGCCUUUACUCCCACUGUUAUACCUUCAGUGACUUCAAUAUCGGACAGUGCACCGUCUUUGCCUACAUCUCCAGUGAGCACAAGUAUUAUGAGCACACGUAUCAUCAGCAGCUCAGCUGUAUCAACAGAGUCUCUGUCGUUUGUUGAGCUGUUACGAUCAUCAUUGAGAGCAUUUACUCCCAGUGUCAUACCAUCAGUGACAUCAUUAUCAGACAGUGUAUCGUCUCUGCCUGUGUCUCCAGUAAGCACAAGCAUUAUCAGCAGCUCAGUUGUAUCAACAGUUUCUCUGUCGUCUGUUGAGCUGUUACGAUCAUCAUUGAGAGCAUUUACUCCCAGUGUCAUACCAUCAGUGACGUCAUUAUCAGACAGUGUAUCGUCUCUGCCUGUGUCUCCAGUAAGCACAAGUAUUAUGAGCACACGUAUUAUCAGCAGUUCAAUUGUAUCAACAGUUUCUCUGUCGUCUGUUGAGUUGUCACGGUCAUCUCUGAGACUGUUUACUCCUACAGUCAUACCAUCAGUGAUCUCAUCAGCAAGAAGUCUGUCUUCCUCGAUUUCUGUAGUUACGUCGUUUGUCAGCAGUGUAUCAACUCCGUUGUCGACUACGUCAUCUGUGCAGAUAUCAUCGUCGGCACAAGAGUCACGAUCUCAGAGACCAUUGACGCCUACAGUCACACCAUCGAUAUCAACACUUACAUCAGGGCUCAGACCAUUUUCUUCUCUUCCUUCAACCUUGUUGAUCAGCAGCUUGACUGUGUCAACCGUGUUUCAGUCAUUUGUUGUAUCGUCAUCAGUUGAAGUGUUGUCACCAGUUGGAAGGUCUACACCAACACUUGAACCGUCCGUUUCUUCACUGAAAACAACAGUCAUCUCUACUUCUCCAGUCGUCUUUACUUCUCCAGUCAUUACACUUGCAAGUAGUUUGGUGAGUGUAUUAGCAACUUUGCCAUUUUCCAUCAGAGUGUUGACAUCAAUGAGUGUCUCUACUCCUACUGUCACGCCUUCUCGAAGUUUGGCAUUUUCAGAAAGAGUCUUAAGUGUGUCGUUAUCAGUUACUUCGUCACCAAGUCCCACAUCAUUGUCUCUACCAAGCACACUGUUUACAUCAGCUCUGACGACUGUUGAGACAACAGCAUCAUCGAGAGUAUUUAGUGAUAUCCGAGCGACACCUACGGUGACGAUUUCUUUGCCAUCUAGAUCAUCAGUAGCGUCACCUGUUGUCACGUCACUAAUUCCUACAACAACAUUGACUCUAAAAUCGACGACUCAAGAAGUCAGCUUUUUUUCCAGUGCAGAAAGAUUGUCAACGGUUGCUUUGUCAAGGACACCAUCAGUCAGUCCAAGCAUACCAUCAGUCAGGCCAAGCAUACCAUCAUCUUCAUCGUUUGUCGAAAUGUUGACAACGCUUGCUCCUAGUGUGACUGUGGCAAGUGUGACUUCAUCGUUUCUAUUUGGAGAUCUGUUGCUUACUACUACAUCGAUACAAUCUCGGUCACGUUUGGUCUCGACUCCAGCUGUAACUUCUUCUCCAACCAUUCGGUUGUCGCCUUCACUAUCUACAGAGACAUCAACGUCAAGUGUCGAAUUGACUUCUAUGGCUCCUACAUUAUUACUGACUCGGUCUGUGGUUAUGUUAUCAUCUCCAGUUGUUUUAUCAUCAGUAGUGACACCAUCUGUAACACCAACUGUAGAGUCAGUAUCGACUGAAAGGGUCUUAUCACUGGUAGAAACAGUUACAAGGCAAGUGACGCCUGUUUUAUCGAGUCUAGUGAUUGAAACUGAUUUGAGGACAACGGUUGUGCUUUCGAGAUCGCAGUUGCGUCCCACAAGAACGCCAUCUGUGACUGCAUCAGCUGUGGUCGCUGAGUCAUUUGUAACUUCAUUAUCUUCAGUUUCAGAGUUGUUUACAGUUUCAGAGUCGUCUGUGAGUCCAUCGCCUCGUGCCACUGAGUCAUUGUUGGUGCCAACAAGUGUGCGGCUUUCUCUCACUCAUUUUGCUACUCCCAGUAAGACACCAUUUCCACCGCUCACCAGGAGUGAUCUUGCAACGUUCACUAUCAGUCCCAGUGUCCUGUUUUCAACUCCAACAGUUUCACUCACACCGCCACCGUCGGUAAAAAUGUCAAGUACCAGUGUGAUUUUUUCCACUCCUUUUACAUCAGUGGCGAGACCGACACUUGGACCUCGACCUACAACAACUGUAGCACUCACUGCAACGAGCAGUUUAGUUGUGUUGAUAUCAUCAUCAGUGUCAGAGUUUGAGACUUUUACCUCAGAAGUCUCACUUUCAACUUCUGCUUUUUCGGCUGUCUUUGUGUCUUCAUCUGUGAUGACGACUGGAUUGGUUGAUGUCGAGGUGACACCAACAUCAGAGCUCCUGUCUUCUGUUUCUACGGCAGUUUCAUCUAGUGUCUCUGCUGUGGUAUCAUCGUCAUCGUUCACUGUUGAUUCAGACUUUGUGAGUUUGGUUUUCACCUCGUCCUUACUUGUUCAACCAACUCCUUCUAUAUCAACAUUUCAGACAUUAUUGGUCACCUCUCGUAUUGCUACUUUUUCAACUCCUCGGCCGACUAUUGUUAUCUCAUCAGUUUUGACACCCACAUCAAUUAGAUCAAUUACAACGAUUACGUCAGUUACACCAAUUACUGCACGACCGUCGUUGUCAACAUCAGUGGCAAUGUCAUCUACUGAAUCGAUAGUUUUGUCUGUACCUUCGUCUACACCAGUUAUCAGACAGACUCCUACAGUAACUCCCUCAUUCUCGUCUUUUUCAGUGAGCAGGGAAACAACGUUGUUAGCAUCGAUUACAAUAGCUUCUGCCAUUACUAUACCGUCUUUAGAGACUGUGGCUACGUUGUCAACUAGUUCAUUGGUGAUACCUUCAUUUCCACGGACACCAUCACCGACACCAUCUGCACCACCCGUCUCAUCUGCCAUUGAAACUUUGGUCAGCACAACAGUAAUAGUCUCAUCUACUUCGUUUGUUGUGUUACCAAUCUCUUCUUCUCUACUGACGCCAUCACCGAGUCCUUCUCUACCACUUUUCUCAUCUACCAUAGAAACAUUGUUUAGCACAACUGUAAGGGAAACUACUGCGUUUACUGUGUUGCCGAUCGCAUCAACCACCAUUGCCACAACUGCUAUUCAGAGACCGUCUCCAACUGUUCCUUCAGCAAGAUUUACUUCAACGAGUUUUACUUCAGCCAGUUUUACUUCAGCAAGUUUUAGGGCGUCUGAUCGUGUGCAGACUCCAAGUGUAACUCCAUCCAUUCAAUUUAGAACGACCACAUCUUUGAUGACGUCAUCAUCCUCAAUAUUUUUUGUUGAGUCGAGUGAAGAGAGCAGUGUCUCCUUUCCCACUCUGAUUCGCACUGUUCCUUCUCCAUCAAGAUCUCUCAUAAAGACGUUUGUGUCGCUGACACCGAGUCGCAGAGUAACAGUUUUCUCAACUCCAACACCUUCUGAAAUGUUGCCAGUCAUAAGUAUUAGGACGACUGUAAUAAUCGAUGAGUCAUUCUUCACGCCAUUUACAUCAGCACUACAGACAUCCUUUGUGUCGACAUCUAUUGCCACCAGUAGUGCUGUCACAACUACAUCUCUAGCUACAUCUCUAGCUACAGCUCUCACCACAUCAUUGUCUCUGGAAUCAUCGGAGCUUGUGAUCUUGACAUCUAGUUUGACUACUUCUAUACAUUCAACUUUCUCAUUCUCGUCAUCUCCAUUUAUUUCCACUGGUACAUCGUUGUUGAUGUCGACUGUAGAGAGCUUAAAUAGGUCAGUCGUUGAAAUAUCAUCUUCUCUUGAAGUAGUGACAUCCACACCGGUGUUAACAACGACUUUUGUGUCAACUGCUGUCCUACCAUCUCUCAUGACAACAUCAUUUCCGAUUCUUGAGUCAUCACUCUUUUCUUUGCUUUCCAGUGUUGUAAUAGCCAACACAUCGAUUGUGGAGACGUCGAAGUCUCUUGUGGAGUCUGUUGAGUCAUCGAGUCCUAUUCAAGUAACAUCUCUUUUGCAGCUUUCUUCUUCACUUGUUCCCACACCAACGCCGUUCCCAACAGAAGUCUCUUCGGUUGUCAUCGCUUUGAACUCCUCGUUUGCACCAGAUGUCUCUGUGUUUGUGACUGUAAGCUCAACAGGAACAUUGAGUGUAUCGUCGUUCAGUUCAUCACCUUCACAGUUGUUUUCUUCUCCAGUGAUUGCGUUUAUCACAUCUUCAGUUGAACAGACAACUUUGAGUUUUUCAUCAUUCUUUGUAUCAUCAUCUCCAUUUGUGUCUCUUCUAACGUCAUCAGCUGAUACUGUUGUGUUCACUAGCAGUGUGAGGAGUGUCUUCUCUACUCAGGAAUUGAGUACUGUUGUCAGUUCUACGACGCAAUUAGUGCCACAGAUUACAACUUCUGUGGUGACAAGUGAAUUGACGCCAUUGUUUACGUUUCAGUCAUCUUUUCAAAGCAGCAGUGCUGUGUUCUCCACACCUGCUACAGUAUCUCCUCUCGAUACAUUGACUGCUCUGACUUCUCUGUCUUCUGUUAGUUCAUCAACGUUUGUGGGUUUUUCAGUUAGUUCAUCAACAUUUGUGAGUUCUUCUGUUGUCAUCAUGUUGACACCCACAGAAGUGAAGAGUUUGUUUUUGUUGGAGACAUCUUUAGUCUCUUCUAUUUCUACUAGUCAACCGUUCAUCACAACUUCUGUUGUCAUUCCUACUUCCUCGUCUACUCCUGUAUUGCUUGUCUCGUCUCCGUCUCUAUUGUCAACAUCUUUUGCUUUCAACUCAACAACAGUCUUCUCACCCGUUGUGUCUUCAACACUAACUUCAUCCAGAUUGCUUACAUCAACACUGCAAUCAAGCUCAAAUGUGUCAUUAGUUGUUGUGAGUACGACUUUGUUAGUGACAAGUCAAGUGCUUGUGUCAUCAACUGGCGAAGUUUCAUCUACUCUUUUGUCAUCAACCAUCAUCUCAUCCACUCCUUUGUUGGUAUCAAGUACUGCGUUAGUUUCAUCUGCUGCAUUUGUCUCAUCUACUCCUGUCAUUUCAUCUCAACUUGUGUCAUCAACUGCAUUGGUUUCAUCAACUGCGUUGGUGUCAUCGACUACGUUUGUUUCAUCUACUGAGUUUGCAUCAUCUACUGCAGCUUUGUCUUCCUCUGUUGUUUCUAGUUCUUUACCCCUCAACUUGACUUCUCUCCUGUCUUCAUCUCCGUCAUUUUCAUCACCAUCAGUCAGCAGCAGCAGUGUUGUGUCAAACACCACUCUACUGUCUCCUUCUUCAAGUCUUUCUCCUGUGGUCACAUCAACUGCAGCCACGUCAACUGCAGUUCCUUCGCCUACGCCAACGACUCCUCCUACACCAACGACUCCUCCUCCUAAUAAUCCUCCUCGCAUUGUAAACAGGCUGCGUGCUGGACCUGCUGGCUUACUGUAUGUACCCUAUUCACUCCAGAUCCCAGCAGCUACAUUCUACGACGACGAGGACGAUGUAGACACAAGAGGCCUUGAUCUCGAACUUCGUAAUCUUGAUGGUUUAGAACUGCCACCCGACUAUUGGGCUCAGUUCAACAAAACUAGUCAGACUGUGGCAGGGAUACCAUUGGCGUUUUCAGAUCUUGGACCAGCAACUUUCGUCUUGGAGGCAAGAGACAGUGCUGGGUUAGUGACAAGAUUGGCUUUCACUAUUUUGAUCAAUUUCAAUUUCCUGACAACGACCAACACCCUGGUUCAGACAUUUGACGUCGACUUCUCGUCGUUCAAUUCCGAUUCUUCACAGAAAGCCGAUCUGGUUGAGAGACUGUCAAGUGGAGCUGGAGUCCAACAAGACUCGAUGCUUGUUCAGUCCUUCACAUCCGGUAGUGUUCGGUUACUAUGGUCGAUAGCAACGGAAUCUUCAUCUGAUUGUGAUAAAAUCGAUGAAGCCUUAGCUCGGAUGGAGUCACCUAACGGGACCCCCACGCCUCAAUUCGUUUCCAUCAUGGGUCCUUUCCCUCCAGUAGGUUCAAUUGAAGUGACAAGGAGUGGACUGUGUGCUGUGACUCCACCAACUGUUUUGAAUUACGUGUCAGGGUUGAGACAAUCAGCAUCGGGACAACAGAGUGACGAAAGCUCAUACAAGAGUCACGUGCUGCCUGGUGUAGUGAUAGCAGGCGCACUGGUGCUGCUAACUGUCUGUGUCCUGGCUUUGUAUCGCUGCAGAAGAAGGAGCCGCAAUAAUGUUGAAGAAGGCACAUUUAUUGAUCGUCGACCGGUUGUAUUUGAUAAUGAAUUCAUCGACGAUGCCGUUGAUAUGGGCCGACCAAUCAGACCGGCCGCUGUGUUUGAGUAUGAACGAAGUGUGUCGCCACCAAGCUUUGUGGACAGUUCGCGCACAACUGGAGAUGCAAGCAGCAGUGGGGUGGAAGGGGGAGACGAAAGUAGUGAACAUUCCGAUGGAGGAAUAAGACGCCAUUACUCUCCACCUUAUCAGCGGCCUCCCCCGCCCGCAUUCCAUCCGGGGAUUGGAUUAGAGCAGCGACCUAAGCCGCGUGUACCCGUAUACCGGAGGCCGCCGUCAUAUCAACCGCCCACGUGACCGGAUGUGGAGAGAAAUUGUUGAUUGUAUAUGUACACUGUGUUAGUAACAUUUAUAGACUCUUUUCAAUGGCAUGUGUUCGUAAAAUGCUUUUAGAGGUAUUGCUAACUCAACCACGUGGUUUGCGUACUGGACAAUUGUGUGGUUGUAAGAUGGACGAUUAGAUUAAGAUUAUUGGCUGUAGUUUGACACUGCCUUUUGACGUAUGUUUCCUGCUCUUUAAAUAGAGAUACUUUAAUUAGA